AAAAACUUAAGAUCCAUAUAAUGGCACUAUCAAAAUCUCUUCAGAGGGAACAAGUUCCAUUGGCCUGUCAGUUGUGUGAAGAAUCAAAUGAGAUCAAAUGGAAAUGUUUACAGUGUGACUUUCUCUUGUGUACAAAAUGUCAAAGACUUCACGAGAAAGUUAAAUCUACCGACCAACAUACAAUCAUAGACAUUAAGGAAAUUGCUGCUCAUCAGCAAUAAAUCAAGGAUAAAGUAGACUUUAGUAACAUUCCAUGUAGAACUCAUAGUGAACACAACUGUUUUCUAUUUUGUCAGUCUUGUGAGGUAGUUGUUUGCCCUUUGUGUAUAACAAAAAUUCAUAACAGGCACAAUAUGAUUGAGUUAGCUAAAGGAUAUGAACUAACCAUAAAAACUGUUAAAACUUUCGAAUCUGAGAUUGAUCAAAAUUUAGUACAACAAGGAAAAGUAUUUUCUGAAAUUGGAAUUUUCAAAUCUUCGUUAGAUUCAAAAUAUGAAUAAGAAAAGCAGAAAAUUCUGAGCCGAGAAAAAGUAUUGAUGGAUGAAGUUCAAAAGCAGACCAAUAAAAUUAUGAAAGAACUUGAUCAGAGAAAGGAGAUCCUUGUUAAAUCAGUGAAUGAUGCAGAAAAUAGAUCAGAUAAGAUCAACAGAGAUUUAGACUUCAGAAAGACGAAUUUAAGCAAUGCUAUAAAUUCUAACAAUGCAAAUAAAAUUUUCAGCAUAUAUUCAGAGGAGAAAACUUCAAGAAAUCCAACCAUAGAGCAUGUCGAAACUACAUUUAAAAAGCUACCAACAUUUGUGCCCCAAAAACUAGAAGUUAAAGAAUUCAAAUUUGGGUCAUUAGUAGAAACUAAUGAGGACAAAAAGCAAUUUGAAUUUAAAGUGAUAAAACAAUAUAAAACAAAGCUUCCAAUUGUUGAAAAUUUAGUCUGCGGUGAUGAUGCAGAUAUAUUGAUGUCUGGUUUUCCAAAUUAUGAACUACAAAUGGUGAAACUAUCAGAUGAAUCAUUAAAUAAUUUGCACAUUUUUAAGAAACAUGUGUAUAACAUGACAUCAUUUCCAUCAGGUGGCCUACUUCUUUCUUUAAAGGAAUCUAGCCUUAAAAUACUUUCCAAUAGGAGCAGUAAAUUGGAACCAACAAAGUACAAAGUGAAGCCAUCAGUAACUCUUGCUGUCCAUGUAACAGGUGAUCAUACAAUCUUAGUGGGUACAAGAGAAAACCAACAAAACUCCUUCCCUGUCAAUGGCCCAAGACAAGUUAUCAUGAUGAAUAUUGAUGGAAAAAAGGAAAAAGUCUACCACACAGACAACAAAGGGAGACUGAUUUUUACUGUUCCCUUUAGAAUAACAACAGACAAUAACAAGAACAUUUAUGUCAUUGACACUCUAGAUGAAAAGCUGAGUGGAAGGAUAGUGGCGUUAAAUACAACCAAUGGAGUAAGGUGGGUUUAUAGUGGAAAUUCAGAUACCAACAAGGAACUAACAUUCAAACCUAAAGAUUUAGUGGCUACAAAUUCAACCAAUAUUGUAGUUACAGAUAUGAGUAAUGACAUAAUUCAUAUUAUCAAUACUUCAGGACAGUGUAUUCAUUAUCUUAACACUAUUGAACAGUUAGGUAUUCAUUGUCCAUGCUCUAUAGACAUGGAUAAUACAGGAACACUAUACAUAGGCUGUUGUAGAUACCAAAGUGAACCUGAAGAGGCCAAAAUAUAUACUGUUCAAGUUUCUGGAUUCUGAUUUUGAUUAUUUCCCUAAUUGGUAUUUAGAUCAUCCUUCUGU